AUGGUUUCUAUCAAGUGGGCAUCGAUUGCAGCUCUAGCUGGUCUUCAUCCAGCCAAGGCACAGAACCUUAUUUUUGACUCUGGACGGAGUGGGCCGUCCCUUGAAGUAGUGCAUUUGUAUUUUGACCAGUGGCCUACAGGCGUGGCCGUAUCGUCAACAGGACGAAAGUUCUCAAACUAUCCUGGCGGCCUAGAUCCAAAUAACACAAACGAUGGAACCAAUGGCAAGUACACGGUAGCCGAGCUUUUUGAAAACAACAUCGAGAAGCCAUACCCAAGCAUCGAGUUCAAUAGUCCACCUGGCGGCGCAAUCAACUUCACCACCACACCAGCGACGGGGGCGAAUUACAAGGACUACCUUAUCGGUGUACAGAGCGUGGUCAUUGACAGUGCGGACCGUCUAUGGAUUUUGGACACUGGUAGAGUCUUGACACCACAAGGGGUUCUCGUUCCUGCGAGUGUCGGCGGCGCAAAGCUGAUCGGCGUCAAUCUGACAACAAAUUCAAUCAUCAAGACCAUUGUCUUUCCCAACACCGUCGCAUACCCCGACACAUACCUGAACGACGUUCGAUUUGACCUGGAUCCCAAUUUGACCAGCAGUGGGGAGGGUGUUGCGUACAUCACUGAUUCUUCGAGCGAGGGGCGGACAGGUUUGAUCGUGGUCGAUCUCGGAUCUGGUGAAUCGUGGAGACACCUCGACGGAAGUCCCUACGUGCAAGGCGACCGGCAGUUCCUCGCGUUUGUUUGGGGCCGGGAGCUCUACGCGAAUCAGGCAGGCAACCGAGCCGGUCACCUGACCUUUGGUGCUGAUGGUAUCGCUCUCGGAAAGGAUGGCAAGACGUUGUAUUUUGGCGGCGUCGGCAACAGAUACCUGUACAGUAUUCCCACGGAACGCCUACGAGAUAAUGGUCCAAUGUCUGAGAUUCGGGCUCAGGCGGCUGUUGUGACGGAGAGCCAGAGGGGGCUUUCUGAUGGCUUCGAGACGGACACGAACGGCUUCAUUUACCAUGGAAAUUUCGAGCAUAACGCAGUCAACUUCUUCAACCCUGAGAACGGGACCGAUCAAGUAUUCCUGAGAGAUCCAAGAAUCAACUGGGCUGACACAUUCUCUGUAGCCACGGAUGGGUACAUCUACUUCACCAACAACCAGCUGGUAUUCGGCCCUGCAGUCUAUCCUGGGACAGACUCAAGACAGAGACCCUUUUCGUUGCUGAGGGCCAAGCUCCCAAAUAAUGGUACCAAGAUUGGUUCCAAGAUGAGCUUAGGGGGAGAUUAA